GACUUUCCGAUAAAAAGUUUGAAUCCAUCGCGAAUAUAGCAGUGCGUGGUUGACUGAGUCGGGUCACAGAUGUCCGUUUGUCAUUCACCGAGAUUUGGCGCGAAAAUUUUGACAGUUCAGGUCUCCAUGUUCGAGCGCUAAUAAGCCAAAAUGGCGGGCUGUGAAAACAAAAUGGCGGCCGACGCCAUCUCGAACCAACUGCCAUGUUCAAAUCACCGCGUCGACCAUACCAAAACUCAAUUAACGCGCGAAUUUAUAUUCUCCUAUGCGAAGAUACUCUUCAAUAUUGUGAUUUCUGUUUUAGAGCUCUUGUACAAUAAUAGAAUGUUAAUUUUAUUGUCUGUGAUAGUAGUUUUAGUUGUGUAUAUGUUGUAUAAGUGUUAUUGGAGCCCGAUACUGUAUACUAAGGAACUGACAGACAUUGGUUACGACCACAUAUUACCCGGUCCUGACAGGCAGGCUCGGAUAACCAGGGCCCAGCAGGCCAGAAGACUGGGCAAUAAAAUACCACCUCCUUACCCUAACGGCUGGUUCGCUGUAGCUGAAAGCGACGAACUCAAGAUUGGAGGCGUUUUAGCUGUGGAUGUUCUGGGUCAAAACCUCUGCGUCUACAGAGGAGAGGACGGCGUAGCUCGGUGUGUGGACACGUAUUGCCCACACUUGGGCGCUAACUUGGCCGUUGGGGGGGCGGUCAGAGGGAACUGCAUAGAGUGUCCGUUCCACAAGUGGAAGUUUGCUGAAGACGGCGCUUGUGUUAGCGUGCCAGGCGUAGAACAAGCUCCUCGUGGUGUCUCCAUCAAAACCUGGUCAGUAUCUGAAGCGGAUGGCGCCGUAUGGAUCUGGCACGACGCGGAGAGUGGUGCCCCACGCUGGGGGUUGUCGGCCUGCCCCGAAGCCACGGCGUGGGGCUACAGGGGAAGGAAUGAGUUCAUAGUCAACGCGCAUAUACAGGAAAUACCAGAGAAUGGUGCUGACGUGGCACAUUUGAAUGCGGUGCACUCGCUGUCCCUGAUAUCGGCUCUGGGGGACAAGUAUCCCGUAUUACUCAACAUUAUAGGUACCCACGUGUGGUCUGCAGAUUGGAAAAAAAGAGAAGAUCACACAGCAAGCUUAACGUUAACACAUGACUACAAGAUAAUGACACACGAUCUCUUCCACAUCGACGCCAAAGUGACGCAGUAUGGACCGGGCCACGUUCGUUUACUGCUGUCAACAAGUUUUGGUCCACUGCUGGUAUCUCAGUCGGUCACACCUAUUGGGCCACUGUUACAAAAAGUGGUCCACAGAAUAUACUCGCCAUGGUAUAAUGCACUGCUUGGUGCUAUCAUGGUGAAGACUGAAGCUUAUAUGUUUGAACGCGAUGUCGCAAUAUGGAACAGCAAGAUAUUCGUAGGGGCUCCGGCUUACGUACGGACGGACAAAACUAUACGUGCUUUCCGCUCCUGGUUCUCUCAGUUCUACAGUGAGAACAGUAAGACUUUCAGAGAUGCAACACAGCACCCUUUGGAUUGGUGAUAAGAUUUAGUCAAAAUAAAGUUUACUGAAAACUACAGCCAAAUAGGGUAUUUGACAGUAUGAAAAAUAAAGUGCCAAUUGUUAGCAUCUGUGUUUAGAAUGAAUAUUGGCAGGGGUUUUUACUAUUUUUACAAAAAAAAAAUAUCAGUAUUUUACUAAAAACCCACGAAAAAGAUAAUAGUUUUCAUAUCUAUUCUCACGUGACCCAAAACGCUUGGGAUUGGCGGAGCCUAAAAUGACGUCACACGCACGUAAACUUCGGGUUAAAGUGGCAUUACAUUGUAUCGUUUGACGCUUUAAUAACAGUCGUGUGACGUCACACACUAGUAAGACGCCAUAUUGUCCAGAAAAACGUUUUCGCGGCAACUUGAAAAUUGAGUUUUUCGAGUUGGUUAUUUUGACUGAAACACACAACAGAAUGAUGAAUAUCCACUAUUUACGGACUCUAUAAACAUUAGUCAAUCACGUGAAAUCGUUUUCUAAAACUUGUCAAAUACCCACAGACAUGUAAUACUAUACUACUAGUUAUAUGUCUGUGCAAAUACCCUAUUCUCUAUGUAUCUUAGAGAAUAUUGUAACCAAAUUUUCUAUAAUACUAGCUGACCCAGCGAACUUCGUACCGCCCUAAAAAAAUAGGGGUUGUCCAGCGGACAAAAUUGUGAAUCUAAACCAUUCUCAGAUCCCCUUGAACACACACAAAAAAUUUCAUCAAAAUCGGUCCAGUCGUUUAAGAGAAGUUCAGUGACAUACACACUCACAGAAGAAUUAUAUAUAUAAAGAUACGGAAAAUUACAGCUGAAGUCUAUAAUUUUAGGGAAAUUGAAACCAAAUUAUUUAUAUUGUAUGGAGUUAGCUGACACCCUGGAUUAAUACAUAGGCUAAGUGUAAACUUAUUUUUUUACGAGCUUUCCACUCCUGGUUCUCUCAGUUCUACAGUGAGAACGGUAAGACUUUCAGAGAUGCUACACAGAUCCCUUUGGAUUGGUGAUAAGAUAGGUUUAGGACCUUUAGUAAAAAGAAUGUUUACUGAAAAUUACAGCCAAAUUCUCUAUGUAUCUUAGAGAAAUAUUGUAACCAAAUUUUCUAUACUAUACGGAAAACUGGAGCUGAAGUUUCUACAUUUUAGGGAAAUUGAAACCAAAUUAUUUAUACAUUAGGAAUUUUUAUGUAAAAUAAAUG